AUGUUGCGAAGGGUACCCAGCAAGAAGAAUGGGGACCCUCCCGUGACGUCGGCUACGUCCGGAGGGUUCGGAAUCGUCUCCAAGCCCUUCAAGGCCCCGAGCGCGCUGGGUUCGACGCGCACGCUGGCCAUGCCAGCACGGAAGCGCAAGCAAGUGUCAUACAAGGAAGCCGGUGCUGGCGGAGAUGACGGUGACUCUGACGUUCCCACGAAGAAGAUGCGGUUCGAGAUGGGCAAUAAGGUCUACGAAAACGGUGUCCUCGGGGAUAUGGCCAAGUGGUGUACGCGCAAGUUUCCAGUGUUCGCCCCGAAGGAGAGCACCACUGUGUUCUCGAAGAGCUUUGCUAUCCCGGUUAUGACAAACGCAAAGACGUCAGAGAAGAUUGCCCACCCCCUCUCGCACGCGUCUCUCGGUGCUCGUCCGCAUCCAACAUUGGCCCCGCGUCCCCUUCACGACCCAAUGGCCGAUCAUGCCAUUGUGCUGUACGAUCCCACGAUUGACGACAAGCCCGAUCCCGAGGAAGUUGCCCAGAAGGAGGAAGCUGCUAAGAAGGAAGAAGACCGUGGCCCACACAAGAGCUUGAAGGCGAUUCUCGGUAUCGAGGACAAGACUAAGAAGAAGGUCGUCAAGGUUCCUGUUGUUAUCGACCCGAGGCUGAGCAAGGUUCUGCGACCGCACCAAAUUGAGGGCGUUAAGGUGAGCUUGGGAGGGAAAAGCGCUGACGGAAAGACUCUUCAAUGUAUUGCACUUUUGUGGACGCUUCUUAAGCAGUCUCCCGUACCCGGUAAAGGCACGUGUGAGAAGGUCGUCAUUGCUUGUCCGACGUCACUGGUUGGAAACUGGGCGAACGAGCUCAUCAAGUGGCUCGGCCCCGGAGCAGUGAACCCUCUGGUGGUUGACGGAAAAGGAGGCAAAGCAGAGCUCAUUCCUGCUGUUCGACGCUGGGCCGCGGCCUCCGGACGAAGUGUGACACUUCCUGUCAUGAUUGUGUCCUACGAGACGCUGCGCACGCUGAAGACAGAGCUGGAUGGGUGUCCCAUCGGUCUUCUCCUUGCCGACGAGGGCCACCGAUUGAAGAACGCCGACACCCUCACUUUCCAGGCUCUUACAGCCUUGAACGUGCAACGCCGUGUGAUUCUGACCGGUACGCCAAUCCAGAAUGACCUUUCGGAGUACUUUGCUCUGCUCAACUUCGCCAACCCAGAGUAUCUUGGCUCUCGCGCUGAGUUCAAAAAGAACUUUGAACUGAAGAUUCUUCGCGGCCGUGACGCGGACGCGACGGACAAGGAGAAGGAGGAGAGUGACGCGAAGCUGAAGGAGCUCGGAGGGCUGGUCAGUCGCUUCAUCAUCCGAAGGACGAAUGACCUCCUGUCCAAGUAUCUCCCCGUCAAGUACGAGCACGUCGUCUUUUGCAACCCCAGCCCUCUUCAAUCCUCUCUUUACAACCACUUUGUCAACUCCAAGGACGUCCAGCGCCUCCUUCGCGGAAAGGACUCUCAGCCCCUCAAGGCUAUUGGUCUUCUUCGCAAGCUUUGCAACCACCCCGAGCUCCUCAACCUCCCCGAUGACCUGCCAGGCUCAGCUCAAUUCCUACCAGACGACUACGCUGUUGGUCGUACCGGUCGCGAUCGCUCCUUCAACUGCCAGCUGUCUGGAAAGUUUGUUGUGCUCGAGCGAAUGCUGGACCACAUCAAGAACCACACGACCGACAAGAUUGUUCUCAUCUCCAACGCUACGCAGACUCUCGACCUCAUGGAGCGUCUCUGCAGGGUGAAGAAGUACGGCUGUGUCCGCCUGGAUGGUACCAUGAGUGUCAACAAGCGUUCCAAGAUUGUCGACCGCUUCAACGAUCCCGAAGGCAAAGAGUUUGUGUUCUUGCUCAGCUCCAAGGCAGGAGGGUGCGGUAUCAAUCUCAUCGGUGCGAAUCGCCUGAUCCUCUUCGAUCCCGAUUGGAACCCAGCUUCCGACCAACAAGCUCUCGCGCGUGUUUGGCGAGACGGCCAGAAGAAGGAGUGCUUCGUCUAUCGAUUCAUGACAACGGGAUCUAUCGAGGAGAAAAUCUUCCAGCGCCAGUGCCAGAAGCAGAAUCUGUCUGCCUGUGUCGUCGACGAAGCCGAGGACACCGCCCGUCAUUUCACCCAAGACGAUCUCCGACAACUCUUCAAGUUCCACACGAACACCUUAUGCGACUCGCACGACACGUAUAAGUGCAAGCGCUGCCGAGACGGGAAGCAGUUUGUCAAGGCUCCCGCGAUGCUGUACGGUGACGCCAGUACAUGGAACCAUUUCCCGAACUCACAGCUGGGGCAGAUGCACGAUGAUCUGCUCCGAGCGGAGCUCGGCUUCCCCGAGGUCUCCUAUGUCUUCCAAUACAUUAGCCACUAA